UUCAUUUUUCUGCGGCUCUAACGCGCUGCUGCUUGACGUCAUCGGAAUGCAUUCUAUUUGCACGUCACAGUAUACUGGAGCUUUUUCUCACUGAACUCCUGACUUGUUGCCUUCAGUCUACAGCUUCAGUGUGCAAUUUUGAAUCAGUGUACGAUUCCCCAUCAGGAUUUUAUUUUGAUUAGCUGCAUUUUCAUUCAGUGUAUGCUUUUUGUUCAUUGUGCAAUUUAAUAUCCAUUUGGGUCUGUUUUUUAAGGACAGUUGAAUUGCACAUUACAGCUGUGUAUGGUUUCAGAAUACAUUUUGACCAGUAGGAUUUUCGAUCAACGUACUACUUUACAUCAGAAUGUAUUCCAUCACACGAUUUCGCCCGAUCAGGUCACUGGAAGCGGAACGUCUCGAUUUUGAAAAACCUAAUCGUGGUUUAGUCUUCCCUAGACUGAAUCUGAGUCCACAUCCGCCUGAACGACGCUACAUUACGACGAGGGCUCUCGCACGCCAGAACAUAGUUAUCGUGAUGGAAAAGCCAGUCAGCCAGUCUGUGAAGCUUCCUGCUAUCUCCGGCUCUUCCCAGCCCAGAGCUGAGAUUGCCCAGCAAUCUCAAACAGGUUUGCAAACCAAUACAGGCCUGCGUCCAGAGCCACCACGAUACGGCAUCAAGGCUGAUCAACGCAGGGCUGCGCUUGAACAAAAAAGGCGCAAGGAACGUAAUUUGGAGUUAUUUAGUGAUGAUAUUCCUCCGAAGGAAAGGCCUCAUCGUUCAUCUUUAAUUGCCCUAAAACCCCCAGUUUUUAAAGACUUCCAACCUGUGCCACCCCCCAAAAAGGGGCAGACUUUGGAUGCGACUGACCGUGACACUCGAAAUGCUCGUUGGGAAGAAAUGAAGAAGGAAUUAAAGAACUUUCCAGUGAAAAACAGCAGGAAAGUGAGGCGGCACCCAAAGAAGGACCCGGAGGAGGACCCGAGGUUUGCAAUGAGGACCAAAGAGGAACUAGAGGAAAUCGCAGAACGCGAGUUCGCCAAACUACGUCAAAUGUGGUUUGAGGAGGAAAUGCUUAAAAAGACACCCUGUAAGGUGGAGGAAAAGAGAGUCGAGAGUCCAAUCAAGGAAAAACCUGCAAGGGAUCUUCGAAGGGAACAGGAAGAGCUUAGAGAGAAACAGGAAUUAGCCAAAAGAAUUGCCACACGUCGUCGGUUGGAUGAGGAUUUACAAAGACUCAUUGAUGAUGAUUCCUUACCUCCCGUGUACUAUGGCAAUGGCAAAAAUGUCCUCAGUUUUGAACUAGACUAAGACCACAACCACCGCCUCAAAGACACCCAGAAGACAUUGCGACGAUGAGGAAAAGAAGACUAUCAUAAGAUUGAAUGUUUUUUCAACCAUCAGUUAAAAACGUAUUCAAACAUUAGAGUAAGGAAACAAGUAUUUUAGCGGAAGCGCACUGCAAACCAAUCAUGGUGCUUCACGCCUCGCCCCGUUCAUUUUGGCGGCACUUUGACAGCGAAUAACUUUACAUCUGAGGCGCCCAAAGACUUCAUAUAUAUAUAAAAGACUUUAUCUAUAGCCCAAAGUCCAUUAUUUUAAUCUCCUCCAUCGAACUCUCCACUUUGCUGAUUCUCCAGC